UCGUAUCGUGUUAUAAAAUCUCUUUUUGUAAUCUUCAAAUUUCAUUGUUUAUUUUUCUUCUUUUUUUAGUUUAUUAACAAAAAUGUUUCCGAAUGUACUCGUUUCUCUUCUAUGUCGUGUGAUAUCUAUCAAUAGAGAUACCGGUAUUCUGUACACGAUGCUCUUUCCAACUGGCACCUGUCCUCUGUGCUGUCCGAUCGAUCUCGAUCGAGAUGUCGAGUAUCUACUAUUCACUAGACAUAAUCCUCGAGUGGGCAAUGUGUUGAGUGUAUUGAAUCCACAAUCCUUACAAAGGAGUAACUUUGAUAAAAGGAAUCCUACAAUCGUUUACAUUCACGGAUACAGCGAGAGUGCAUCAGGCGAAAGUGCCAAUGCCGUUAGAGAUGUUUAUCUGAAACGUGCCGAUUACAACGUCAUUUUGGUCAAUUGGGUCAGACUGUCGACGUUACCGUGGUAUCACACGGCCGUGGAAAAUACGAGAUUAGUCGGUGCCCAUGUGGCACGUAUGAUCAGUUGGUUGGACGCACAGAAAGCUGUUUCGCUAUCAAAUAUUCAUGUUAUUGGAUUCAGUUUGGGUGCCGAGAUAGCUGGAUUCAUGGGCAAAGCUUUGGCCCCACGUUUGGUUGGUAGGAUAACUGGACUGGACGCGGCUUAUCCGUUGUAUAUGAACACUGGAAGAGAAGGUCACUUGACGGCUAGCGAUGCAGCUUUUGUCGAUGUUAUUCAUACCGACGGUGGAAUCUUUGGUUUCCCAAAUCCUCUAGGUCAUGCAGAUUUUUAUCCGAACGGUGGUAAACCACCACAACCUGGAUGCAGUCUUGAAAGUAUAUUUCGUCGCGGUAUAAUGCUGCUUAUCAGGGAAAAAAUUACCUGCGGCCAUUACCGAGCGUGGAUGUUGUAUGUCGAAUCUGUUAAAAAUCCCUUAGGAUUUCCGGCCAGUCGUUGCCCAAGAUGGAGACCGGAAAUCCAAGUUAACUGCAGAUGGACUCCGGAUGCUUUAAUGGGAUUUGCUAUAGAUACCAAAACUAGAGGAAAGUAUUACCUAAGGACUAACGGACGAUCGCCCUUUGCUCGAAAUGCUACGGGAUAUAAUUUUUAAUAUGAUAUUUAUUUAUUUUACGAGAGACGAUUUUUUUUUUUUAAUUCAAGUUUUU